AUGGCGCCCAACUACGCCUACCAGCCGAUUAUAACCUCAGAGGAAGGCUUCCCAACCGCCCGCAAACGACGUGCCAUCUACCUUCGCCCUUUCCUCCUCUUUUGGCUCAAUUCUCUCUUUGCAGAAGUUAUAUUUCUGGCUGUUGGUGUUUUUAUUAUGACUGGCACCCGAGACCUCAUUUAUAAAGCCUUGUGGACUCUCGUCUUUUGUCCCCUCGGUAUGGGCGGGGCAAUGGGCGGCGUGAUCAAUUACUUCAUUGUCGAUCACUACUACGGGAAAAAGGCGGCUCAUUUCACUGGCAUUUUGUCUUUGCUGAUGCUCGGCACCUGCAACUAUCUUUGUUACAGUUUAGAUAGGCAUUUUGGUUGGUUUCGCAAAACAUCUACGAUACAGGAAAGAGAAAAAGUCCAAGCAAUGAAUCACACUCUUAGCAUAUGGGAGAGAAUAGAUGCCUGGCUAGGUUGGCUGUCGGUUGGAGCGGAGCUAGUAUAUGCUGCUAUAAGCGGUUUUUUUCGCGGCCCAUCGGGGACAGAUAGCUACCAGCACCACCUCAUACAAGCGGCAGUUAAAAAGAUCACCAGACGGUUCACACCGCUUCAACUCCAAUAUAUCUUCAAGUCUUACGACCAGCUCUACUUGGAUUAUUGCAGAAGUGCUCAGAUUGAGCCGAGGUUUGUAGCGAACGAACGUGGCUUGAAGGGGUUCUGGAUUGGUUGUCCGACGGCCAAAUACGUGGUAAUCAAUUUCCAUGGCGGAGGGUUUGCUAUGGAUGCUACAAAGUCGUAUCUCGAUUUCUGGCCGAGUGUCGCAAGAGCGCUUUCCGAUGAGGAUAUUACUACAGACUGGUUCAAUAUUACCUAUACCUUGACACCACACGCAACAUACCCAACACAGUUUUGUGAGGCAGUGGAAGCUCUGCGUUAUGUUAUCGAGGAUCUUGGGCGCUCAGCCUCAGAGGUUGUCCUUGUUGGUGAUUCUGCCGGGGCUAACCUAUGCCUGGCACUUUUGUCGCACCUGUCACAUCCAUCUCCAGCCGCGCCACAACUGAAGAUCACCGAGCCACUUAAAGCCAUUGUUCUCAUGUCACCAUGGCUUUCGUUCCGCAAUGAUUGGUCUAGCAUGAAGAUAAACGAAGAUAAAGAUAUCGACGCAAGGGAAGUUACGGAGAGAUGGUCACAAGACUAUUUGAAUGGGGUAUCUACGGACAACUAUACCGAAGCACUUAGAGCACCCGAAACAUGGUGGGAAGGCGCUUUAGUAAAACAGAGUCUUGUACUCGCCAGAAGCGAUGAGGUAUUGUUGGAUCCAAUCAAGGCUUGGGUUAGGAAAUUCAGCGUAUAUCACCCUCCAAAUCUGCGUUCAACCAUCAGGCCAAGCUGA